AUGAGCAGUUCAGUAGCAGUGGGGGCUGGCAAAGCCCUCAGCGUCGACACCCUCUCCGCUUUCGCCUUCGGCAGCGGCCCCUUCUCUGUGGCCGAUGAGCGGGGAGCUCCUGGCUCAGGCGCGACGGAGUGCAACAAGGGCAGCACCAACAGCCACACUGGCGGCAGCGGGGGCGCUCUGCUGCACCUUGCAGAUGCACACCAGUGCCUUCUUGCCCCCGCCGUUUCUCCCGCUGUCGGGCAGCUGCAGCAGCCGCACGCUCCCCUGACACUCCCCGCCUCUCGAGCCGUCGCUCUUUUGCGGGCAGCGUCUCUGGAGAAAAGCGGAGUAUCCCGUCGACUGCUGGAAGGCCUCGCUGCUGCUUCUGCGAAUGCAGGAAGUGCCGCCUGCCCUUUGCCGCGGUGCAGCUCGGGAGGUUGGGCAAAACAGCCACGCCCCCCGCUGGUCGCGCUGCUGUGUGCUGCAGCGUCUGCGGCGCAGAUCGAGGCCGUCUCGUUGGAGACAGCUGCGUUCUUCCUAACAGACGCUCCUGAGAUCGUGGGGAGGAGCUUCGUUGUUGCGCGCUGCUGCAGCGUUGCGGCGCGGCUCGCCACGUGCUGCACGGCUGCCGCCGCCGAGGCUCUCUUGCUGCCAGCGGACGCAGUUGCCGACGUCAGACGGCUGCUGUCUGCUUCGCCAGGCUUGGCGGAAGUCUCGGAGCACCUGGGGGCCAUGUUGCACGACAUGAAGCUGCAGCAGCAGCGCCGCAGCGCGGCAGAAUGCAGAGACGCUCUCGCUGCGUUCACGGAGAUCGCAACGGCGGUUGGAGCGCUCCAGGGGCCCCUGCUCUCCCUCCUCGCCCUCACGGAAGUGGCUUGCAAGCGACAGAUGAGCAAGCCGAAGAACCUCGUAGUGGAUCUGCCCGCUGCAGCUGCUGCCGACGGUUUAUCCGCAGAAGCCUCUCUAGAGGCAGCUGCCGCUGCGGCUGCUUCCAUCGACCUCCCCUUGUCUGGGCCUGCCUCGCCGUUCAGGGCUGCAAUAGCGGCUGCAGAAAUGGCUGCGCGUGCUCUCUUGCUAGCGGAGCUGAAGCUGCUGCGCGCGACGGUGCAGAUGGCGGAUCAGCAGCAGAAAAGCCGGCCGGAGGAGCCAGUGCUUCUUCCCGAGGCACUCUCGAGUGCGGCAGAGUACUUUGGGAAGGGAGGCGAGGCGCGUCUGACAGCUGCGGGGAUUGCAGAAGCAGCCAACACACUGCAGACGCUGCAGAAUUCCGCCGAGGAGGCAGAACGGCGGUGCGUGUCGGGGGGAUCUCCGGAGCCUUUGGAGUCUCUCUCCCGCCUGGAGGACGUCUGCCUCUUGCUGCAGCAGGCGUUGGGGCUGCAUGCGGGCUUGUUGCUGCAGUGCGUCGAGGAAAGAGACGUGGCUACGUUGCGCGAGGCUGCAGCAAAAGUGCAGAGGGGGAAAAAAGGCGCAGCGACGCGCUGGGCAGCAACUCAAGGCGUGCGCGCUUUUAUUGAGUUGUUGCGGAGGAUUGCGACUUCGGUGUCUCCUGAGCUGUCUCCGAAUGCUGCCGUGGCUGUCGCCAGCGGCAGUCUGUGCAGCAGCGGCGGCGACUGGUUGUGGGGGGGGAGGGGGGCGGCGAGCUCCUGGGAGCUCCCUUGCGGCAGCGUGGAGGCGGCGCUGAGUCUGCUGCUUUCGCCGAGCAAUGCCUUGCGGCGGCUCCCCAAGGUUCCUAAAGGCACUCAAGACUUUUCCCCCGAGCGUUUAGUGAUCAGGAAUCUCAUUCUUGAGACGGUGACUGCCUGCUUCCGACGUCACGGAGCCCAGCCCAUAGACACGCCGGUGUUCGAGCUGCGGGAGACUUUGCUCGGGAAGUAUGGGGGAGAGGCGAGCAAGCUCGUCUUCGAGCUGAAGGAUCAAGGGGGGGAGCAGCUCUGCCUGCGGUACGACUUGACGGUGCCUUUUGCGCGCUACAUGGCUGCGAACGCGCUCACCAAGAUGCGACGUUAUCACGUUGGCAAGGUGUAUCGGCGGGAUGAGCCGCAGAUGAAUCGAGGUCGUUUCAGAGAGUUUUACCAAUGCGAUUUCGACAUUGCUGGCGAUGUGACUCCCCCCCUUCUCGCGGAUGCGGAGUGCCUCUCGCUUCUGUGCGAGAUUCUUGCCGUCCUAAGAGGCAUUACGGGAGCCUACCUCGUCAAGCUGAACACGCGGAAGCUGCUGGACGGCAUCCUGGCUUUUUGCGGAGUGCCUCAGGAGCAGUUCUGCUCCGUGUGCUCCUCAAUCGACAAGCUGGAUAAGGAGCCGUGGGAGGCUGUUGCGGAGGAGCUGCAAAACAGCAAGGGCGUUCCCGCGGCGACAGUCGAGAAGCUCAAGGGGUUCGUGCUGCAGAAGGGAGAUCUGCCGCAGAUGCUCGCGCGGCUGCAGCAAGACGCCGCGCUGAUGCAAGUGCCAGCAGCGGCAGCAGCAGCAAGCGACUUCGCACAGCUCCUCGUGUAUGUGGAGCCUUUGGGCUUGCUGCCAGAGCUGUGCUGGGACUGGUCUCUAGCGCGCGGCUUGGAUUACUACACGGGGAUUAUUUUCGAGGCUGUUUUGCUGAAGCGGGAUGGCACCUGCAGCGGCAGCAUUGCCGGGGGGGGACGGUAUGACGGCUUGGUAAGCCUUUUCAGCAGCAAAGAUGUGCCUGCGGUCGGCUUUUCUGUGGGCGUUGAGCGACUGUUCGCUCUUAUGGAGAGCAUGCUGGGUGUCGGGAGCAGCAGCGACGCUGAGAGCAGUAAUGGGGGGAGCGACGGGCUUGCGAGCAGCGCGCGAGCGAGCUGCUCUGCGGUGACAGGCGAGGGGGUCAGGAAGGAUUUCACGGAUAUUCUCGUCUGCAACGUCGGGAAGGGCAUGCUGCCGUACGCUCUGUCAGCGGCUCGACUGCUGUGGAGUGCGGGCUUGAGCUGCGAGCUUUUCUAUGGGGAAGACGUUCGCUUGAAGAAGCAGCUGGAUACCGCUUCUGCGAAGAAGGUCCCCUGGGUGGUUCUAUGCGCUGAGGAGGAGGCAGCAAGGCGGUGCGUCAAAGUCAAGAAGCUCUACCACUGCCACGAGGCUACGAGCCAUUCGCAGCAGCAGGAGCAGGAGCAGAUCGACGAGGAAAUUCCGCUAGACGGCCUGAUCCAGUUUUUCAAGGAGCACCUCAAGGAGACCGUCUAUGAGGCAUACACGGCCUCUCUCCUCCUAAAUCCACCGAAAGAGAAUGCAUAA